AUGAAUGGGCAGAGCGGGUCAGUUGGGUACAUACAGGACCUGAGUUCGAGGCUGGGGCCAACAGGCACAUCAGUGACCCAGCUAGAGGCUCUGGACCCAGAACAGGAGCCACUCAUCUUUGGUGUCGUGGGAGAGGAGGCCAUGAGGUACUUUGCCGUGGCGAGAGACACAGGAGUGGUGUGGCUACGACAGCCCCUGGACCGCGAGACCAAGUCGGAGAUGCAGGUGGAGUUCUCUGUGAGUGACAGCCAAGGGGUGGUCAAAGACACAGUAAAUAUCCAGAUAGGAGACGUGAAUGACAACUCCCCAACUUUCCAUGGCCAGCUGUACACAGUACACAUCGCAGAGAACACUCCAGUGGGCACCUCAGUGUACCAGGUAAAUGCCACAGACCCAGACCAAGGCACAGGGGGAAGUGUGCUCUUCUCCUUCCAGCCCCCUUCUCCCUUUUUCUCCAUCGAUGGAGCCCGUGGUACGGUCACUGUCACCAGGGCCCUGGACUACGAGACCACCUCGGCCUACCAGCUCACUGUCAAUGCCACGGACCAGGAUAAGAAGCGGCCUCUAUCCAGUCUGUCUAACUUGGCAAUCACCAUCACUGAUGUCCAGGACAUGGACCCCAUCUUCACCAACCUGCCCUACAGCACCAACAUAGAGGAGGACGCCCCACUGGGCUAUGAGGUGCGCAAGAUAAAAGCCAUUGACCAGGAUCUGGGGAGACCGAGGGGCAUUGGCUACACCAUCAUCUCAGGCAAUACCAACAGUAUCUUUGCUCUGGACUACAUCAGUGGCUCUCUGACGGUAAAUGGACAGCUGGACAGAGAGAACCCCCUCUACUCACCCGGAUUCACUUUCACCGUCAAGGGCACAGAGUUGAACGAUGACCGUACACCGUCAGAUGCCUCGGUGAUGACCACCUUCACCAUCCUGCUGAUUGACAAGAACGACAACGCGCCCAAGUUCAACAGCUCCGAAUACCGUGUGCACAUCACCGAGCUGGCCCAGGUGGGCUUCGCCCUGCCUCUCUUCAUACAGGCUGAAGACAAGGAUGAGGGAGUGAAUAGUAUGUUUCAGGUGUUCCUAACGGGGAACAACUCGGAUCACUUCACCAUCUCCCCCACCGCGGUGCAGGGCCGGGCUGACAUCAGGAUGAGGGUGGCCGUGCCUCUGGACUAUGAGAAUAUUCGCGCCUACAGCUUCUCUCUAUUUGCCAAUGAGUCCAUGUCAGACCAUGUGGGUUUUGCUCGUAUCUACAUUGACCUGAUCAAUGAGAAUGACAACCGCCCCAUCUUCAGUAAACCUCUGUACAACAUCAGUCUGCCUGAGAACACUCCCAGAGGCACCUCCCUGCUACGCAUCCAGUUAUGA